GACUUACUGAGGAGAACUAUGAUGUGAGAAACUAUUUUAGGCGAUUCAACAAUAAAUGAGCUGAGAAAUCUCUUUCCUCCCUUGGUCUUAAUAUUGAUUUUAAAUGCCACUUAACGGAUCAUUUCAUGGUGCACAAUAUUGUAGGCAACAUGGCUUAUGGUUCGCAGACUCUCCACAGGGCCUACUCUGUGUCCAGUGUGGAGGGGAUAGAGUUGCGACUGAGUGAUAGGUUCAAGCCUACAAAGAAAGUUGUGCUGCCUCUUCAGUAUAAGCACAAGGAACCAAGGCCUCAGAAAUCUGAAGAGGAGUAUGACUUCCAGACAGAGAACACCUUUCUAGAAUGGCUUGAUGGUGUGAGGAGAACUGAAUCUGAAAGGGAGGAAAAAAGGAAGCAACAACAACUUGGAGCUGAGGCUGCUGAAGCAGCGCUGCAACGAGAAGAGACGGUACCGGAUGGACCACACACAACUAGCAAUGAGUUUCCUAUGCAAACUAACUUGUCACAACCUCCUCUGCGGCCUCCGGUGGCAGCAACCCUUAGCAAUGAGAUCCUCCAACCAGUGCCUCUCGCAAACAGUAUUUCCAAACCAGUCAAUAACCAGAGUGCCAGGACAGAUAACUGGGAUGAUUUUGAGGGUAGGUCGCUUGAUCCGUUCGAGCUGACUGAGCUGGAAACGAUAAACGAUAUGGAGGAGCUGCGCAGUGUCCUGGCCAACUCUGCUCCUGUGGCUACACCUGCUGUCCAGAACAACCAACUUCAGACGUCCAGUCCUCCCCCAGUGGAUGUAGACAUGGAGGAGGCUGUGUCUUCGUUUACUGAUGCUGCUGACUUGCCUGCAUCAGAGGAAAGCAAUCAAGUACAGUUUGAGACAAAUUUCAAUCAAGCUUCAUUCAAACCAAUCCCUAAGGACAGUAAACCUGAGCUACCCGCUUACCAACCCACAGAGCAAUCUAAACCUCCCCUCCCCAACAGGACUAUACCUAGUACUUCAGCAUUGCCAGCCCUGCCACCGUUGAGGAAUGUAUCCUUUGCAUCAAACAGUCCCCUUCCUCCUAUCAGCCCCUCGAGGGAGAACUCUGAAUCCAGUCUAAGUUCUGGAGGUGUUGGACCUCUUCCCCAUGAUCAAGGUAGAAUGUCACCUCCUCCUAGCUACUCGUCUCUUACACCAACAGCAGUGUUAUCAGGGAGUUCUCCUGUCAAUGCAGCUAUUGAUCGUCCUCCAAACUACCCCAUGGACGAACUAGAAGCUAAUUUCUCUCCAGUGAAUCUGAGUCGUUACUCCCCAUUGCCACCUGCGUCAUCACAACAUGUCAGCACCAUCAACACGGAGCCUCAAGACCCGACGUACGAAGCGAUGAGCGUCGAGGAGAAGAACUUUGUGAACACUAUAGUCAGCAUGGGUUUCCCCAAGGGAAGGACGGCUAGAGCUGUAAAGAACAUCGGCAGUGAUGAUAGACAGGUUGUGGAUCUUCUAUGUGCAGUUGAUUCUCUGUGUGGUCAAGGGUUUCCAGAAUCAAAAGUAGAGGUUGCUCUGAGUUUGCAGGACAACAAUCAAGAUAAGGCACAGACUUUCUUGAAGCUAUGGCAAAGGUUUGAGGUACUUGGCUUCCAGUCGGAGGACAUCAAGAGGGAACUCAUUCUCCAUGGCAAUGACGAGGAGAAGGUUCUUGAUACCCUGACUCGAUGACAUCCAUCAUCGUCAUCACCAUCAUCGUCGUCAUGAUGCAUGAAAUCACACUGCUAGCUAUACAGCCUCGUGGGCGUUUUAACUUUACGCACGACAGAUUCUCAGGUGCUAAGUCAGCUACACAUAGGGAUCUAUCAUUUAGCACCAGAAAGGAUCACUUGUGUGUGUUAAGUCAUAUGUAAAUUACAAACAUCUUUAUGAAACACUCACCCGGUAUACAGCCCGCAGUGUGCAUUUAGCCAGCAUUUAUUGCAUUGUCACUGCAUUGCAUUACGCUGCACUUUUCCGGUCACGAUUCAGCUGCAUUUAACCUUGCACGGCAAGUAAUAAUAAUAAAAACAAUUAAAAAAAAAAAUUAAUUAACAGCAGCAACAACAAUAAUAAUGUAGGGUAGUUUUAGUGAUCACAUAUCCAUCUUGUAAAGAUUACCCCAGCUAUAAGAGCUAGUCUAUCAAUUCCGGUGCUCACACCGCUUUUUUUAAGCAAUGCUGCUACAGUAUACAGCCGUCAGACUAGAUUUACCCAGCAUUCAUUGCUAUAGCAGUAGUUUUUACAGUGAUUGAUGGUGCAUCGUGCAAUCUAUCACCAUUUGCCAUCAAUAGCAUUCCCAAUCAUCAUCAGUGAUAAUGUCUGAAAUGGGAUGAUAGUCACACAUUCUAUCUAUCUCUACAAGGAAUUAAUUGACAGAGCCUGUGUGAGACAGUUUACAAAUAGUGCACUUAAGGACGUUCCACAGUUAAAGUGAAAUCCAUGUCAUUUUCACCAAACUUUGCACAUAGAUACUUUAGAACCUUAAUAUUUGAAAUAUGCAAAAAUUAACAUAGGUCCAUGUGCUUGAUUUUUUGCUAUAGAGCUUCAAAGUUCACCCAAAGUGAUGUUCUUAAGAAUUGCGCAUUCAAAAGAAUUUGGCAUUUUUAGACCGCCCAAGAUUACUACAAUGAGUUUAAACCUCCAUUACUCAGUCAAAAUACAUGAAAAAGUCAUCAAAUUUCGCAAGAGAGUUAAUCAUUGUAUUGUUAGAAUGGAGAAUCUAUUAAUAGUGCUAUUUGUUUGCAAUUUUAAGUUUAACAGCACUGUCAGUUCUUAAAAAUGGCGUAAAAGAUAACAAAAUCCCAAUCUAAAAAAUGUAAAAUUUCAGUAACAAACUACAAACGUACAAUAAAUGCUGCACUUUAUUCAAAAUCCAUGUCAUUUUCACAAAAAUUUGCAGAGUUGUAGAGGAAGGUAUACCUAAGAGGUACAAACAUUAAAAAAUAGGGGUUCAUGUGCUUGUUUUUAAACUAUCAGCAUUUUUAUUAGAGCAAAUGUGCUUUUUAAAACACCAAAAAUGGGCCGAAUGCUUAGUAUCUAUGUGAAGAAAAAAUCAAAACCACUCUACCAUUCAUUCAAACUCGGGGUAAUAUUCGUGAUUCUUGGCAGCACUGCAGAGUAAAGUAUUUUGAAAUUAUAGAGAAUAUUUUUUUGAAUGGUCCAUGGAAUAAUUCAAUUUUUUAGCUUCAUGAAAUAAUGCAUCGGAUCUGCAGUUAAAGUGCAGAAGAUGAGAAAAAUCAGCUCAUACCCGCAGCUAAUUAAUCACCUGUUCAUCCAUUGUGACGUCAGCGCGCAGAGUGUAAACUAUGCGCAGAUCAUAAUGCGCACAAAUAUAACUGUGGAACGUCCUUAAGUGCGUGCUUGCAUUGCCAAAUAAUGAAUGAUGUGCGAGAAGAGCCAAUGGAUAUACCGCCUUAGGUCUGCAGGACCGAGUGCGUAUAUCCAUUUGGCUAGUCGAGCACAGAGUUCAUUAUUUAGGUCCUCAAUGCACAAGAAUGCAUGCAUUGUUUGUUUUAUACAACCCUCCCCCCUCACCCAUGUCACUGAGUUCCCCCGAAUGCUAUAUUUGAUCUAAAUUCUAGUUGUAUCCCCCGAACAGAGUUCAGAGGAUACUAUGGAUUUGGCCUCGUCGUGCCGCCGCAUCCGCGCCGCCUCAGAGAUUUCCUUGUGAGCGCUCUAUCAGCUGCAUUUCUUCUCCGAUCAUCUUCAAAUUUGGCAUGAAGGUUGAGUAUGGUAUAGCAAAGCCGCCUAUCGAUUUUGGUGUGGGCGGAGACAUCGUUGCCAUGGUAACAGGAGUUUUUGUGGAAAUAGCAGAGUUGUCCUUGUGAGCGCUCUACCAGCUGCAUUUCUUCUCCGAUUUUCUUUAAAUGUGGCAUGAAGGUCCAUUAUGGUUAAGCAAAGCUGCCUAUUAAUUUUGGUGUGGGCAGAGACAUUGUUUCCAUGGUAACAAGUUUUUGUGGAAAUAGCAGAGAUGUCCUUGUGAGCGCUCUACCAGCUGCAUUUCUUCUCCGAUCAUCUUCAAAUGUGUCAUGAAGGUCCAUUAUGGUUAAGCAAAGCUGCCUAUUAAUUUUGGUGUGGGCAGAGACAUCGUUGCCAUGGUAACGAGUUUUUGUGGAAAUAGCAGAGAUGUCCUUGUGAGUGCUCUACCAGCUGCAUUUCUUCUCGGAUCAUCUUCAAAUGUGGCAUGAAGGUCCAUUAUGGUAAGCAAAGCUGCCUAUUGAUUUUGGUGUGGGCGGAGACUUCGUUUCCAUGGUAACAAGAGUUUUUGAGGAAAUAGCAGAGAUGUCCUUUUGAGCGCUCUACCAGCUGCAUUUCUUCUCCGAUCAUCUUCAAAUGUGGCAUGAAGGUCCAUUAAGCGAAGCUGCCUAUUGAUUUUUGUGUCGGCAGAGACAUCGUUGCCAUGGUAACAAGAGUUUUUUUUGAAAUAGCAGAGAUUUCCUUGUGAGUGCUCUACUGGCUGCAUUUCUUCUCCAAUUAUUUUCAAAUUUGUCAUGAAGGUCCAUUAUGGUAAAGCAAAGUCGUCUAAUGAUUUUGGAGUGGGUGGAGACAUGGUUGCCAUGGUAACCAUAUUUUUCUGGAAAAUUUGGUUAAACCUGCACUCUGACGUCAGAGUGCAGGAUAGUGCAUUUUGGAUGCCAUAGUGCAAUUCGCUGAAUAUCACGUGAUCCGAUUUGGACCAAUCGGGGGAGCGUUUCAUCAACAUUUUCAUCCGACAAGUUGUCAGAUCUGACAUCUUUCUCUGAUGUUGAUUCGCUGAGAGGUACUGUUACUAUGGUAACUGUCGAAUAAAAUGGGACUUGUCGGAUAAAAUGUCCGACAAGUCCUUUCAUGAAACGCUCCCCAGAUUACAGAACAUUUUUGGGAGUUGUAUAAUAUAUGCAGCUUUGUAGGAAUAGGUGUUUGUUCCUCAAGUGCAUGAAUUACUGGAUCCCUGAUUCGGUCGAUUUGACAGUUGUAAUUCAGUUUCACAUUGUCAAUCAGUUUUACAAAUGACGGUAGAAAAAAAUGAAUCUAUUCAUCUCGACUUACUUUUUAUAAAGCAGAGAACAGUUUCACGUCAAAACCGGUUCUUCAGCUUGUCUGAAGUUUUACAAAGGAAUUCAUCCUGGCUCCUCACACAGCAUAUGCACAUUCUUCAGAUUUUCAUUAUUCACAUGUUCGUAAUAUGGUAACCCUGUCACUUAUACUCACAAUAUUAUGUAUAAUCAGGGAAUAAUUUUCCUGGUAUCGCAUCGCGAUUUGCUCCACAUUAAGUCUUUUGUAUAGCAUAUUUUUACAUAGGACUGUAUAUUACUUAGUUGAGAGCUUUUCUCUCAUGACCAAAAAUGCUAAUUCAAAUUUGUAAAGCAAAAUUAUUCUACUCCUUAAUUCUAUAGAAUAGUAUUGAUUAGGAGUAAGUUUAUUGAAGUGUUUUUUUAUCCUUGAUUAAGGCAACUGUAAGGUUGUACUUUCCAUACAAAAGUAGAACUGGUAUCGUUCAUGUGUACUAAGCGAUCACAUCGAUCAUAAAAACGUCUGGUAAGCGAAACGAUUAUCUGAACAGUUAAAAUGCACUCGUUCUGCAAGUGAUUUGAUACGAUUUCGAGCAUAUUUUACCUUGCCGUAUUCGAUAUGCAUACGCCUAUUGAUAUGAAAUCAUACAUGUAACUCCUAAAAUUUCCUGCGUCCAUAUCAGGAGAUAUUCAAGCAAUAUUGAUACCAUUCAAAGAAGAAAAGAAAUGAAUGAAAAUUUUUUUUUUUUGGUGCGAUGAAUAGUGUAGACAGGUUGUGACACAAAUGCCGGUACAUGUAUGUGUACAAGUACCCUGUCAUUUUCAAAGGCAGUUUGAAAUAGGUGUGUGAGGAAUAUUGUGUAUGUACCUUCUUGUGUUGUUUCAAAAGACAGGGUGGGGGCGGGCACUGGCGUAAUCAUUGCGUCACACCUAUUGUUCCACCCCCCCUGAACAAUAGAUGUGACACAAGGAUUUACGCCCGGGGGGGGGGGGGGGGGGGGAGGUAUAGCAGAAUAUUUCAUAGUAUACAAACAGUGAAUAGGCAGCGAUUGUAUGUGAUUUUGCUGUAUGUGAAAGAAAAAGGCAUUCAACAAGGUAGUGCUAAGUUGAAUAGAUGCGAAACCCUGUACCGUACUAUUCUCGUUGUACGUACAACACCUUGGUAGUGAGUGAAAUUGUAAAUGCAAAGUGGUGAAGAUUAAUAAUUUUUGUUUGUGCUGUAUUCCUUGAAAAUGAGGUAAAUCCCUGAGCAGCAUGCCUAGCUAGCAGUGCUUCGAGCUUAUCCCUACAGCAGCAGUGUGCGUUUAGCCAGUAGGCCUAUGCAUUUUUGCAAUUGCAUUUAUCUGCAAUAGAGCAAAGAACAGAAUCAUACUUGUAUUGUGACGUCACCUAUUAUGCAACGGUACACUUUGGGUGGUAGGCUACAUGUAAUGUAUGUGUGCAAUGGUAUAAAUGUUAUACAAACAUCCUCCCAUUUGCUCUCAUACAACAAGCUCAGCAGGCAUACAAUGCAAGCAUAUUGAGACAGAAACAAAAUAAUAUAACGAGUAGCACUACCAAUUUGAACAGCAUGAUCAGAACGCAGGGUUAUGAAAAGCAAAUAUAUUAAUGACAAUAUAAUACAUUUCCAGGGAAAUUAUGGACUCACAUACACAUCCAUGAUUUUGAUAGGGAAAAUAUAUGUGAUUUUUCCACUUAAAAUAUAUUUAAAGCAAGCGUUUUUGUCUCAUUCAUUGACAUUUGAUGGAUUCGGUGAAAUUGUUGAGUGAAAGUACUAUUUUUUUUAAAGACCAGGAUGGUACGUGUAUAUGUGUGGACAUUAAAAUGUAUUUAAACUUUAUGAUGACCAGUUGAUAUGAAGAUAAUUUCGCAGCAUGAAUGAUACAUUGGAUCUGGGAGGCUUUUGUUUAUAGUAUAGCCAUGUUUUAACACCCCUAACUUUUGAAAAUUAAACAACCAAAAAAAAAGGUUCAAGUACCAGUUAACAUUAUUUCCUCAUACAGUGAUAUUCCUACAGAUUGGCUUUCCAAGUAGCACGCGGUUUCAUGAGUUUUAUCCAGAUUAAAUUGUUACAUGAGUAGUAAAUAUAUGGCAUGAACACUUUUUA